CACUCACAUUUUUCCUUAUCAUCACUAUAAGUUAUUUCAAAGUAAUUAACACACAUACACAAGAAAGAAAAAUGUCAAAAUCCAUUGAUCUCCCAGAUUGUUACAAUUAUAAGCCAACAAUUACAAUCACCCCUUGUGCACCAACACCAAAUCACUCUCUUUAUCUCUCUAAUCUUGAUGACCAAAUGUACCACAGGGAAUUAGUCAAUCACGUUUUUCUCUUCAAGAAAUCUGUAAAGGUAGAUACCUUAAAAUCUUCUCUAUCAAGAGUUUUGGUGGAUUACUACCCUUUAGCUGGGAGGUUGAGGACCAGCAGUGAGGAUGAGAACAAGUUGGUGGUGGAUUGCAAUGGAGAAGGUGUUUUGUUUGCUGAGGCUUCCAUGGAUAUCACUGCUGAAGAAUUACUCAUUCCUUGCAUCACACAACAUAAGUCAUUGAAGAAGCUUAAGUGCAAGGGGUAUACUAAAAAAAUAUUAGAUACUCCUCUUCUUGUAUCUCAGGUGACGAGACUUCGUUGCGGAGGAAUGAUCUUACUCGUAUCGCUAAGUCAUAUCUUGUUGGAUGGCAUUGGCAUGUCACAAUUUUUUAAUGAUUGGGCCCAUCUUACAAAAAACCCUAAUAGUAAUUUGACAAUUAAACCUUAUCAUAAUCGAGACAUGUUGAAAAUUCAAGAACCCCCACAAAUAAAAUUCCCUCACCCAGUAUUCAUCAAAGAACCGGAACACACUAAUCCCGAACAAAACUUUCUCAUGUGGUUUGUAACCCAAACAGUUGUCCAAACAUCAAUCACAUUUGGAGCCAACGAGGUACUUCGCUUAAGGAAACAAUGUACAACUUCAUCGUUCAAGUAUGUCACAGACUUUGAAGUGAUACUAGCACACACAUGGCGCUCCGUUACAAAAGUAUUUAACUUAUCUCCCACACGUGUUGUGAGAAUUUGUUUCACUGCUAAUUUUAGAAAGAAAUUGAAACUUCCAAAAGGAUUUUGUGGGAAUGGGUUUGUUCUCGUGUCUGCUGAGAGCACAGUGAAGGAUUUAGUGAAUUCUAAUAAUCUAGAUCACAAUAUAAAGUGUAUACAACAAGCUAAGAGUUAUUUGGACGAUGAAGAGUAUAUUAAGUCAACGAUUGAUUUGUUGAAGGACAAAACCGUAAUCUUGAAUGAAUCAAUAAUCUUUUAUGCAUCACAAUUUAAUAAAGCAGGGAUUGAAAACGUAGAUUUUGGAGAAGGGAAGCCUUCACAUGUGGGCCCUUUUGGUAGUGAUUAUUGUUGCAUGUUUUAUCCUGUUAUUGGAGAUCCUAAUGCGGUUAGAGUUAUGCUUUCGAUUCCCAAAAAUAUGGUGGACAAUUAUCAUCGUUACAUGGUGGAGAUAGAGAGUUAGGAAGAAGAUGAAUAAAAUGAAGGUGCGGUUAAUUAACACUUAUAAUAAUUAUAAUUUUUAUGCAUUCUUAUGAAAAUUGAAAAUUCUUAAGAAAAAUAAUUUUAGGGACGAAAAUAUGAAUUAAUUUUAUGAUAUUUGUAAAUUUAAGUGCAUUACACAAUUGAAUAAUGUAAUUUUGAAUGUGCAA